AUGGCUGAGUCUCCCACAGCUGAGCAGCUGGAAUCUGUUCAUGACACCACAGUGCAGACGAGUACAAAUUGGAGCUUAGAUCCUCGGACUGAGGCAGCUGGAGAAUCUGUCUCACUCCACUGGGCAGAGAUCCCCUCUCUGGUCAUUGCCCUGGUCGGGCUGGUGGGGAACAGCAUCGUCCUGUGGCUGCUGGGCUUCCGCACCCGGAGGAGCCCCUUCUCUGUCUACAUCCUCAACCUGGCCGCGGCCGACGCCCUCUUCCUUGGCAGCUACUUUGGGCUCCGCAUGUGGGUAAUUGUUGGAGAUUUAAACCUCGUCAUCCUGGACCAGCUAGGGCGCUGCCUCCUUGGCCUGUCCUACAGGAUGGGCCUGAGCCUGCUGGCGGCGAUCAGCACCGAGCGCUGCCUCUCUGUGCUCUUCCCCCUCUGGUACAGAUGUCACCGGCCCAAGCACAUGUCUGCGGCUGUGUGCGCCAUCCUAUGGGCUCUGCAGGGUUUGUUUAGUGGAGUAUUUGGGGCUCUUUAUUUCCUUAACAAGGAUGACUUAGACGAUUUCUACUUCGUUUUCGACUUGGUCCAGUUCAGCUGGUUCCUCCUCCUCACCUGUGUGCUGGGCGUGUCCAGCCUGACGCUGGUGCUGAGGGUCCAGUGCAGCUCCCAGCGCAGGCGCCCUCCCAGGCUCUACCUCCUGGUGCUGCUCACAGUCCUCGUGUUCCUGCUCUGCGGCCUGCCCUUGGGGGUUUUUUAUGCAGUUCAGUUUUUAUAUGACUUCUAUAUAAUUCCUUUGGGGCUCACCAGGCUCCUGGCCUGUGUGAACAGCAGCGCAAACCCUUUCAUUUACUUCUUCCUGGGCAGCCAAUGGCGUAGAAGAGGGAGGGAGCCGCUCAGGGUGGUCCUGCAGAGGGCCCUGGGGGAGGAGCAGGUGGAGUUGGGUGGGGAGAGGGGCACAUCCCACCCCAACAGUCUGGAUAAAUUAUCCUGAGGAUGAGAACAAGAUGCUCAGACAAGGGAUCCCAUGCAAUGACCCCCUUCCCCCACCCCUGCAGAAGGAAGGAGCAGCCCUCUCACCUUUCUAGGAGAGGAGACAAGAUCCCUCCCCAUCCCUUAUGGUGGUUCUUGGGGUUUGAACUGUAAGGAACAAGCAUUAAUUAACUGCCUACUAUAUGCCAGGUGCUUUGUUAAGGGCUGCACAAAUAUCUCACUGAAUCCUCACCAUAUCCCUGGUAGUGAGAUAAUCUCAUGAACCCCACUUUAUGGUUCAGGAAACUGAGUCAGACUGGGGGUUCAGGGAUUUGCUCAUGGUCCCAAAGCUGAUGUCUGAACCUGGAUUUGAACUCAGGUCUCCCUGAUUCCAGGACCAAUGCUGCCUGCAUUCAGGCACCCCUAUUGGCUGGAGGAUCCAGGAUUUGCUGGGAGGAGAUCCAGGAAUCUGGUGUCACAAAUCUGCAGGAAAGUCAUUCCAACAAAUGCCACUGACUCUGUCUGAGAAAGUAGAGGAAGAGGAAAAUCACCCUCUAAGACUCCAUGUCUCCCUGCCCUGCCCUUGUUAAUCAUUGUGAAAGAGGGGAUAGAGUUGGCAUCAGAUUCCUCCAGGUUCCAUGGCUCAUGCUCCCCCACUUUGUCUUCCUUCAGGCUUGAUCCACAAUGUUGGCUGGGAGGCCUCCUUCUCUCCUCUUGCCCAAACCAGAGGAGGAUCUUCCUCAGCUCUAUCUCCUCUCCUUCCCCUACUCUUGCUCCCUUCUCACCCCCAUCACAGAAGCUGAGCUCAAUAUUUCCCUGUGUCUCCAGGUCAAGGUUGGGGCUCAGGACUCUCCCUGGUUCUCUAUCUGCUCCUCUGAGUCUCAGUUUCUCUCCCUGUUUCUGUGUUUCUUUGACUUUGACUGCCUCUAUUCCAAUCUUUCACUCUUCGUGACUCAGUUCCUGAUGAGUUGCCUAAAUGGGGGGGUAUUGUUGGGGUGUCACAUGACAGAUUCAAUUAUAAAACUUACUGAGGCCAAAACAAGGGAAAGGUGACCCAUCUUACACACACAUUCUCAACAGUCAUAUAUGAAGAAAGUACAGAAAAACACGCAUGAACAUAUCGUACAAGACAACACAAAUGAUUGCACACACACAUAUACACCAAAUCAUAAUCUCUUGUGGAACACCCAGAGUGUACGAUCCAGUUCACACUGGGAUCCUCCAGGGACAAAGUCCUCACUCCCUCCUCUGGGGUUUCAGGCCCAUAUUCACCUCAUGGAGGCAGGGCAGCCUCAGCUUCCCUAAUUGUUGCUUAUGUCCAGGCUUGUCAUGAGCCUGACAUGAAGGAAAUCUAAUUAAGCAGCCCCUCAUUUGUAUUAGCUGAAGAAUCUCCUUCAUGUGAUACCUUCAAAUGUGUGAAUUAUAGUCAGAACAUGGACCCAGGCUGGAGUCUGUGUAUGCAGUGAGAUUAACAGUGAAGUCCCAGACUAGGAGCUGAUUAAGAAUCAUGUGA